AUGACCGGCGUCGCCGCGAUCCUCUUUUUGCUGCAGCUCUUGCCCAGGGCGGACGGACAGGUUUUCCCAGGUGGUUGUUCGUUUGAUGAGCACUACAGUAAUUGUGGUUAUAGCGUCGCCUUGGGAACCAAUGGAUUUACCUGGGAGCAGAUCAAUACCUGGGAAAAGCCAACAAUGGAUCCUGCUGUCCCAACUGGCUCCUUCAUGAUGGUGAACAGCUCAGGGCGGGCCUCGGGGCAGAAGGCUCACCUGCUGCUGCCCACCCUGAAGGAGAAUGACACUCACUGCAUCGACUUCCACUAUUACCUGGCCAGCCGCGACCGCUCCAGCCCCGGCUCCCUCAACGUCUACGUCAAGGUCAACGGGGGCCCCCAGGGCAACCCCAUCUGGAACGUGUCAGGAGUGGUGACUGAGGGCUGGGUGAAGGCAGAGCUGGCCAUCAGCACCUUCUGGCCACAUUUCUAUCAGGUGAUAUUUGAAUCUGUCUCUUUGAAAGGACACCCUGGGUACAUCGCUGUGGAUGAAGUCAGAGUUCUUGCCCAUCCCUGCAGAAAAGCUCCCCAUUUCCUGAGGCUGCAGAACGUGGAGGUGAACGUGGGGCAGAACGCGACCUUCCAGUGCAUCGCCGGGGGAAAGUGGUCACAGCACGACAAGCUCUGGCUCCAGCAGUGGAACGGGAGGGACACAGCCCUGAUGGUCACUCGAGUGGUCAACCACAGGCGUUUCUCAGCCACGGUCAGCGUGGCCGACACGUCCCAGCGCAGUGUCAGCAAGUACCGCUGUGUCAUCCGCUCCGACGGCGGCUCCGGCGUCUCCAACUACGCCGAGCUCAUCGUCAAAGAGCCUCCCACCCCGAUCGCCCCUCCAGAGCUGCUGGCCGUGGGAGCCACGUACCUGUGGAUCAAACCCAACGCUAACUCCAUCAUCGGGGACGGGCCCAUCAUCCUGAAGGAGGUGGAGUACAGGACCACCACGGGCAACUGGGCAGAGACUCACAUCGUGGACUCUCCCAACUACAAACUGUGGCACCUGGACCCUGACGUGGAGUACGAGAUCCGAGUGCUGCUCACUCGCCCCGGGGAAGGGGGCACGGGGCCCCCCGGACCCCCCCUCACCACCAGGACCAAGUGUGCAGGUGAGGCUGCUGCUGCUCCCACCCCCUAA